CGGGGGCGUGUCCACGGCGGCCCUCUCUGCGGCUGCGCGGGCGCUGUCCCGGGGUCCCGGCGCGGGCGGGAUCCUGGACGGCGGCGGGAAGGCGGCCGCAUGGCUCCGCAGCGAGGAGUCCCGUGCCUGGUGCUGCUGGUCAGCGGGAAGAGGAAGUCCGGGAAGGAUUUCGUGGCCGAGGCGCUGCGGAGCAGACUCGGCGAGGAUGUCUGUGCCGUCCUCCGACUCUCGGGUCCACUCAAGGAACAGUACGCUCAGGAGCAUGGCCUGGACUUCCAGAGACUCCUGGACGCCAGUGCCUACAAGGAGGCCUACCGGAGGGACAUGAUCCGCUGGGGGGAGGAGAAGCGCCAGGCAGACCCAGGCUUCUUCUGCAGGAAGGUCGUGGAGGGCGUCUCUCAGCCCAUCUGGCUGGUGAGUGACACGCGGAGGCUGUCAGACAUCCAGUGGUUCCGGGAGGCCUAUGGGGCUAUGACACAGACAGUGCGUGUGGUGGCCUCGGAGCAGAGCCGACAGCAGCGCGGCUGGGAGUUCACCCCAGGGGUUGAUGAUGCUGAGUCAGAGUGUGGCCUCGACGACUUUGGGGCCUUCGACUGGGUCCUUGAGAACCAUGGGGACGAGCGGCGCCUGGAGGAGCAGCUGGAGAACCUGGUGGCGUUUGUCCAGUCCCGGCGUCCGUGCCGGGUCCCGGGAGCGGCGGACGUGUGGUCUCCGACACCAGCUGAGGGCCCGGCGGAUGCCUGACAAGCCAGGACACGGCGGGGACCUCGCCGCGGGCACAGGACCGCCCCACCUCUUUAGGAGGAGACCGAAGGGCAAAGAGAGGCCCCCGGCGCCGACCCGGCCGCCCUGUCUGGACGCCCUCAGCCCAGGGCUCCCAAGCCUAAUAAACCGUCCUGGAGCGCA